CAAACUUUGCGACCCGGAGCUGAUGCUCCACCAGUUGACCUGUCUGCUAUGUGUUCUUGUUGUCUUUGAUACUGUGGAAAAAAUAGAAGCAGCAAACCUUUGCAUAAAUAGGUGUAGUUUUCCCGUCUGCUGGAAAAAGGCUCGAAUAUGUGUGUGAGCUUCACAGCGAUACGAAGACAAAGCACAAAAAGAGAGCAACAACUAGUGUGGCAGGAAGUGUGCUUAUGAUGAGCAUGGAUACUUGUGAUACAGAUAUGAAUAGCCAUGGGGAUGACAAUGACAUGUCUGGAUGUGAUCUCCACGAGACCUUUGAAAUCAAGAAAAGCAGUCAGGCGGUCAUGAAAGAUAAUGAUAAUCUGUGUGAAUCAACAAGAAAACGUAAGGAGCAGAAUGAUGAUCCAGUGGACCAGACGCUGCCCUCUUUGCCGAACUGCGACAACGACACAAAGGGCAUCACUUCUAGAGAAACUUCUGAUAUUAAUGAUGCAAACAUUCAAAUGGAGGCAAGCAAUGGAGAAAAGGCAUUUGAAUCAAAUUCACCAGAUGCCAAGCUGGUCAAGGUGACUUCUACAGAGAUGUCAGGGACAAACCUAAAUUUUUCUGGAAAUCCUAGUGAAACAUCAAGCAUAGAUGUGGAUAUGAGACCAGCGAGUCCAGAAUGCAAAGAGCCUCUGUCCAGCAACUCUUCUGCCUGCCCUGACUUGCAAGAGUCCCAUUCGAGUGUUGGCCCAGUGGUGGAGCCAAAACCCCCAGUCCCCAGUUCAGAAGCUGUAGACAACAUCACAGAGGAAUCUGAAGUUACACCCAUGGAAACAGAGGACACAGAGGGGCAAAACUCUGGUGCUGAUGCUUUUGUUCCUGAAAAUGUUGUUCAGUAUGAACCUGAUAGUAACCAGACACAGGCGUCUUCUUCAGAAAGUGAGCAAGUGUCAGCAGAGCAGAAAGAACAGGAAUGGCUCGGGACCCCAAUAGAGGAGCUUAGAAGAAUGCCUCAGUGUGGACAGUCCCUGCCACACCUCAGGGCAACAGACCAUCACAAAGUACUCAUCAGGACAGACCUGCUCAAAGAAGGUCAAGUCCCUCAUCCAUAUCCGAGCAAAUACAGAGAUUCCUGGGAUGAUAUGACCGUAAAGAUGCCUUGUUCAGAAAAGAACCUGUUUCCUGUGGAGAAUGAGGAUUUAGUGCAAAGUCGAUGGGAGUUGAUUUGUUCAGCUUUGGAAGGAGAAUGCAAAAGUUCACUUGAUAUUAAGGAUGCAAUAUUGAGUUACAACAUAGCACAUGCUAAAAGAUGGGACUUCACAGCUUUGAACUAUCUCUGCACUGAGGGUAUGGAAAAUGAUGAAGUACAGCAUCUUUUUAACGUCACAUUGCCAAAGAUGAUGAAACUGGUUUUGAAUACACCCAAGAUUUGCACCCAGCCAAUCCCGCUGCUUAAGUCGAGGAUGAAUCAGUCCUUGACCAUGUCACAGGAACAAAUUGCCUGCCUUCUUGCCAAUGCCUUCUUCUGUACAUUUCCCAGACGCAACUCACGCAGGUCCGAGUAUGCCAACUACCCUGAGAUCAAUUUUUACAGACUGUUUGAAGGUUCCUCCUUACGUAAGAUUGAAAAACUCAAAACUCUCCUGUGCUAUUUCAGAAGAGUCACUGAAUCAAUGCCCACUGGUCUUGUCACAUUCACAAGACAGAGCUUGAGUGUUUUUCCAAAAUGGGAAAGUUCAAAGAAACAGCUCACCAGUCUUCAUAUCACCUGUAAGGGCACCAUAGAGGAUGAGGGCUACGGGAUGCUUCAGGUGGACUUUGCGAACAGGCUGGUGGGUGGAGGGCUGACAGGUAUGGGCUUGGUCCAGGAGGAGAUACGCUUCCUCAUCAACCCUGAGCUCAUCAUAUCACGCCUCUUCACGGAAGCUCUGGACAGCGACGAGUGCCUCAUCAUCACAGGCACAGAGCAAUACAGCAAGUACUCUGGCUAUGCAGAGAGCUUCAAAUGGAAAGCCAAUCACAAAGAUGAGAUCCCCAGAGACGGGUGGCAGCGGAGGUGCACCGAAAUUGUGGCCAUGGAUGCAUUGAGAUACAGGAAUUUCAUGGAACAGUUUCAGCCUGAAAAAAUGUCCCGGGAGCUAAACAAGGCAUAUUGCAGUUUCAUGCGACCUUCUGCGAACCCUGAGAACCUCUCUGCUGUUGCCACAGGAAACUGGGGAUGUGGUGCGUUUGGAGGUGACACGCGACUCAAAGCUCUGCUGCAGCUGAUGGCAGCUUCUGAGGCGGGGAGAGAUGUGGCCUACUUCACUUUUGGAGAUGAGGAACUCAUGAGGGACGUGCAUUCCUUGUACAAAUAUCUUAAAGACAAAUGUGUCACUGUCGGCACUCUGUACUGCCACUUAAAGCAGUACUCUAAUGUGGUGUCUAAGCAUGUCCAGAGGCCUAACAUCAGUCUCUAUGGGUACAUCUAUGAUAAAGUUGAUACAAAUACGGACCCGGAGCCCAGUCCCAGCCCCAGCGACAGCAACUUAACCACUGCGCCUUCCCUCUGUCCUGCAGACUGCCAUUAAUGCAGGUCAAUGGUUAACUCAACCUGUCCAAAUGCCUCAGCGCUUUCUUUUUCUUCAGAAAGACUUUUUGGGUGAUUGUCUAGAUAGCACAUUAUGCCUUUCUUUUCUUUUCUUUUCUGUUCUACCAGUGAGUAAGUUUCAAGUCACAAUGAAUAAGAGGACGGAAAGUAUAGCAAUAGACUGUAAGUCCUUUUUCUGGUGAACAUCAUCUAGGUUUAAUCCCGGGAUAGUUUUUCCUUUAAUGUCAGAGAAGCUUCCCUGGGAUCAAGCUUACUGCAUGGUCUUGUGGAAUUAAAUGAUCCAGUUGGGUGAGCAAGGUGUAGUCUUUUUUUGUUUUGUUUUUUUCAGGAACUAACAGUGAUUUACAAUAAAGUGUGUAGAGAUAAUUAACAAAAUAUGCAUGAAAGCCUCUAAAUACACAGUAAAGUCCCCUGUGACACUUUAUUAUGAAAUGUAUUGCACAAGACUUUUUUUUUUAUUCCUCAAAUAUGAGAAGAUUUGAUAAUGAAAGAAAAUGAUUACCUGUUGAAAAACAACUUGUAUAAUCACACUAAUGGAAAUGCUGCAAAUCAGAUUGUGGGAAAACAUAUAGUCUCUGCAUGGCAUUUUUAGCAAUUUAUUAUGCUCAAGGUUUUUACAGUUUCAUUUAUUGUUGUGAUUAAAGGCACCUUCAAGAAAUGGGGUUGAUAUUUAAAGGUAGUGAAUAUUUUCAUAUUUUUUGCUCUUUGUUUUAUGAUUUGAUAAUUAAAAUUGUUGAUUCAGA